AUGCCAGGCGCCGUCACAUUCCCCCAAACUAAAGUACGCCCUGCAGCAUACACGCGGCUUCGCGAGCACGUGCCCGUGGUGCCGCCUGCAGACAGUCGCCCGUUCCCCGAGGGCCGUCUUCGGGUAGCGUCGUUUGUGUACGGCGGCUCGCGCUACGUGUUGGCACGUGACUUGGCUGCCCUCUGGAACUACCCCUCGCUGUACCACGUGAUCAAGCGGCUAGUGCGGCGGUCCGGCGUCAGCAAGACCGCGCUAGUGCGCGGCUCCGACGCGCCGCUCAACGCGGUGCUCGCGGACGCCGGCGUCAUCCAGCCGCACGAGCAGAACACCUCUUUGUUCUGCAUCCACCUCGCCACGCUCCAGCAGAUCGUGGCGGAGCCCGCGGCGCUCGUGGACUUGCCGGGCCGGCGGGCGCACGUGCCCAGGGGCACCAAGCCGGCCGUGCCGGCGCCGGACGACGACACCAUCACGCUCUCGCAGGUGUUCCCGAACCUCGGCGCCGUGGCCGCGUCGCUCCCGCCCACACAUGCCACGUUUCUCGCGCUCACGCCGCUCACCAAGUUGCUGGUGUACAAGCACGAGGGCCUCUACCGCAAGGUGUACGGCACGGCGCUCAGCGCGCACGAGCGCGAGCUUCUCUCGCAGGCCAACAACUACGUGGGUGACAGCGACCGCACACCCGGCAGCAAGGCCGCCGGCGACGCGGGCCGCGCACGCAAGCCCUUGGGUCGCCUGAAGAAGUUCGUGGGCAACGUCGACCCGAACCAGAUGGACGUGGCCGAGAACGUGUUGCCCGGCUGCGGCUACAUCCCCGAGUUCAACGUCAACGCGCUCUGCAAGGUGCCCAACUACUUCGUGGCCAACAAGGAGAUGGGCGCGCAGCAGGGCGCGCUCUUCCAGCCGCCACGGGCGCAUUUGGCCGGCUUGGCCACCAAAGGCCGCAAGCCGCAGGACAUGCCCAAGCAGCUCUAUCUGCUCUUGUCCAACACGGACCAGGAGGCCUACCACUUCAAAUACUACUACUUCAAGAGCUACCGCGGGCCCGGCUCCGGCAACUAUAAGGACGCGGCGUUGGUCAACCGCAUCAACAAGAUCCGCCGCUUCCCGCCGGACGCGGCGCCCGUGUCCAACGCCAGCACCCACAUCUCCGCAGGCCGCGUGACCAAGCCGCGCCGCCGCCGCGGCGACCUUCCCAUCAAGGGCUUGACCCACGACUACUUCUCCCACGAGAACGUGGAGAUCGUUGUGGAGCGCCAGCGCCGCUUUGCCGAGGACUUCGAGAACUUGGAGAUGCUCCACAACAACGCGCUCUUCAACUUGUUGGUCAACGGCUACCGCGACGUGGCACGCGACACGUGGGACGCGUUCUACCAGUUCAAGAUGAUCGACUUCGAGAAGAUCCACCUGCGCAAGCAGAAGGACGCACGCGCCGCGGCCCGCGCCGCUGACCCCAUGGCGUUCCCUCCGUUGGCAAGAGACGUCUUGACUGCCCGCUUCCUGCUUCCGUCUGACUACGCCGAAAUUAUGGAGAAGCUUCCGUGUGAGUUGCGUGGGGAAGACGAGGACCCGGCCCAUGCCUUGAGCGAGCCUGUGCGGUACGUGGCCCGCUACCCAGACAAGAACGUGCCUGAGAUGUUGAACCAAAUAGAAGUCAUCAAGCUACCGAACGCCAAUUCUAUUGCGUGGGACAAUAUUCGGAAGUACAAGCGGGCUUGA